GUGACCAACGAGCAGCUUUCCUCUGACGGCGAGAAGCACAUGGCGGAUUUUCGGAGAUAAAGGACAUCUAUUUUUUGAGAAAUUACUCCCCAUUACUGACUUUUGCCCAAUGAUGCACUGCCAUUUUAUUAUGCAUUAGUUUCAAAAAUAUAAUCAGCUAAAAUGGGCAUUACUGAUUUCCAGGAUUUCCUGGAAAAUAACUGUUCAAGCGCAUGUGUAUCUGUAGACUUGCUAAAAAUUGCACGAGGGUUUGUUCCAAAAAGGCGUGUCCGCUACAGCGGUUCGGGCCGAUUUUGUUUAGUUGUAGAUGCAGAAAGUUGUUUAGAUAGAUUAUACGGAGGUUUCUUUUCGGAUUGGGUCUGCGGUGGGCAAUGGAACCGUAUGACUGCGUUUCUUACCAGCCUAAUUCAGGCCUGUCACAAUGCAAACAUGGAGCUUGUCAUUUUCUUCAAUGGUUGCCUGGAAAGCCAGAAACUGCCAGACUGGCUUGCAGAGCAGAUGAACCAGAAAGAAAAGGUGCGAUCAGUUUUGCGACACAUAAGCAACAAAGGCACACCUCCACCAAAAGUAUGGUGGUCCCACCCAGUAUUUUUGACGGGAGCCUUGAAAAUGGCUCUAAGACACUUGGGGGUAUCAGUCGCAUGUUCUAUGGAUGAUCAUCACCAAGAAGUAAUCGGCUUCUGCCGUGAGCACAAUCUGCAGGGCAUCAUUGCCCAAGAAUCUGUAUAUACCAUAUUUGACCCACCUCGUUACUUUUCGUCAAAUAACCUGAAGCUGACCUACAAAGGUUCGCUCGAGACCAAAGAAUACAUCAUGGAUGAAAUUGCCAAAUGCCUCAACCUGAAUCCAAAUAGAUUCUGCAUUUUUGCAGCACUAUUGGGAAAUCACAUUCUCUCUGACGAUGAUUUACGAGACUUCCGCAGCAACCUUCCUCCACUGCCAAAUGGAAAUCAACAUACUAAGCGUCGUGAUGCAAAGUUAGAUGCCGCCACCAUCAAGGCCACUGUGGACUUUGUCCGGAAUCUCCCAGCAACAGAUAAUCUGGAUUCCGUUGGCGAAAUUGUUUUCAAGACAGUCCGAAAUAACAAGCCUGAGUUGAUUCAACGCUUUAAGCAGAGUGUGCAGUAUUACUUGAAUGGAACUCAAGAAGGCUUCCUCAAAUACAGACCCAGGCUCAAUAUUCCUGGAUCUCCAAGACAACCAGGUGGUUACCCUGGACCAAUCAAUGGGCAUGCUGGCCAAAUGCAGGAAACAUCUGGUUAUGGAGAUCCUCUUAACCCCGCUCCACACAUUGUCAUAGAUCCGCCACACAGAAAUGCUGUCGGCACGUAUGGUCUCGAGUCGUCGAUGCAGAAUCUACAUCUUGAUCCAGCGGACAAAAGAUCCGCAACAUCCAGCAGCAGUGGAUCCAGUCCGAGCAGACACAGUCCAGACCAGUCAUGGCCGAAGGGUUCUAGUGACCAAAAGAAUUUGGAUGCUAAAGCCCCAUCAAUUUCUCCAGAAAUCAUGCGUGUUGCGAGUGAACGACACCAGAAGGGUUUGAUGGCACCUUGGGUUUAUCAGCUCCUCUCACUGUGCGAGAUCAAACUGCCCGUUAUCUUGGAAGAUGACACAAAUCGUGAACUGCCAUCGUACAUUGAUCUGUUCCGCCCCAUCAGACAGACUGUGUACUCUGUGCUCUUCAACCUCAACAAACUAAAGAUCAUGCAUGACAACCAGAACAAAGAACGAGGUGACAAUGCGCCACGGUCUUUUGAUGUGCUGGUGAAGGAGUGGGUGGUGCGACGAGGCACCAACAAGCCAGUAUUCGAAGUUGUGAUAGCCAAGCCAGUGGACUGGAAGACGCCCAGUAUUGAGCGCAUGUGGCUGGGCCAGCAGCCAGAUGACAAGAACCGACGUCUACGAGCUUUCCUCACGUGCAUGCAGAGUGACUCCCCCUUGAUGCUGAACACGCAGUAUAUUCCUCAGCACCUUCUCAUAAUGUGCUGCGUCCUCAGAUAUAUUUUACGUUUUGGACGUGUGCUACAGAGACAGGAACUUGAUGCUUUUCUAGCCAUGUCCGUAUCUCCUUUGCUUCACGAUGUACAGACCAUGCAGGAUCUUAAACUUCCCACAAUUCAGACUCGUGGAGCCCAGCUGGCAGCUUUAUUCAUGGCUGGUGUGGAGACGGCUAUAUUUACUAACGAUGUGUGUGGCGCCCCCAUCCCGUGGACCAUGUGUUGUCCGUGGCUGUUCUUUGAUGGAAAGCUGUUCCACUUCAAGCUGCUCAAGGCCAACAACAACACGCCACUCAUUGACAUGUGUGAUGGGCAGGUUGAUCAAGUGAUGCGUGUGGAGAGAAUGCGCCAGGCCAUCAUGGAAAACAUCAGUGUUGAGUUUGCUAAACCUCUGUUGCCAACAGCCUCUCUGUAUUCCAAUUACCCAUAUGGACCGUACCCUGUGCCCCCAGGAGUGUCUUACCGACCUGCGGGUGCUGCUCGGAUGGCCUACCCCAUUCCUGUGCGAGGUGGACGUGGCGGACCACCUGUGCCAGUGGGAAUGGGACCAAAGACACCAGGCAGAGGAAGAGGAAUUCUGGGUAAUUGUCGUUCUCCCGUAGAUCAGCGUGGUGGCCAGUUGGAGGUGGCGGGAGUAGUUGUUGGGAGCUGGGGUCCGAAUUACUCGGCAGCGGAACGUGGCCGUGGCGGACACCCGGGACAAGGUGGCCCUCCAGGACACAACGGAAUGCCUCAGGUGAUGUCGAUGGGACGCCGAGGAAUGGGACCGAGUCGAGGAUUCCUGGCAUCGCGUGGAAUGAGAGGACGUUUACCGCCUAUGUACAGUCUGCGUGGAGGAAUGAGGCCUACCUACACUCGUGGGCGAGGAAUUCGGGCGAUUCGGCGACCCACUCCUAUGAGGCCUCGACAGAAAAUGACCACAACACGCUCACGUCCGACAUUCAAAACAACCAUUACUUCCAAAGGACGUGGUGUUACCGUCGAUGCUUCAGCCAGUGGACUUCCUUUUGUGAGCCAAGAUGUCCGAGUCACAGAAGGCAAAGUUGGAAUCUUUUCUGACGCUGACGAAGCAGCUGUCGGUGCAAUCAACCAUGCAGAGCAGGAUUCUGGUUUCAUUGGAGAUGGGGCCAGCUCUGCUCUGUCGGUUUAAACACUUUUUAAACAAGUACAUAUGAUCCAAGCCUAGACUGUUCUGUUAAAAUUUUUUUUUACAAAAAUGUCGAAAUUAACAGGAAUUUAUGUUUUUCAUAUACAUUAACAUCUGGUGGUUGCAGUACUAUACACAUUUUUUAAAUUAUUCUCCUGAUGGACUGCAGUAUAAAGUAACAUUGGUUCUAACUCUUGCCUUCGUUGGUGCCAACUGAUCAUUAAACUGAGAAAAAAAACAAUCAUUCUGAAAAAUCUUAUUUAAUUCAUUCACCAAUGGUUUUUAUUUUAUUUAUUUGUAAUUUGUACAUUUGGUCAAUUUUAUUUUCACAUCAGAAGACUUUAGGCUUGGAUUUCUUGUUUAAAAUACAAGAAAUGACAGGUGUUACUAAUGAGAUGCCAAUAUUAUUAUGUGAAGUAAUUCAAGUGUGCGGAUACGUACAGACUGGAUUUGACAUUAAUCAAAGAUCGUGAAAUUACAAAACAUCACAACUUAACCAGAGAACAACUGAAGCCAUUAUGACGUUUGUGGAGUUGCCCGUUAACCAUUGCUAUUAACAGACAUAUGAUCAGCGACACAAUUAUUGUUUUCAUUGUGGUAAAGUCUUUCAUAACUGAGACAAAUGGCCUAGCAUGCGAGGAAUACCUUUUGUCCGGGGCUUUUUCUUCCAUUGAAAGCUGUCAUUAAUGAAGUGGCUAUUCAAAUUGAAGAUCGUGAAGAUGCAAUUAUAGCAAUGCACUUUUUGACUAAACAAUUGACUUGCACCUUGUGAAAGGGGGAAAAAAAAACUACAAUAAAACCAUUGUUGAAAGAAGCUUGUGUGCGAAAACAGACGUUACGUUUUCCAAGUUACUUUGAAUACCUCGAGGUGCUACAAGAACAAUUAGCAUUUUCAAGGCAUCCCAUGCCUCUUGCUGUCCUCAGUGCUAACACAUUUUUUGUGGCGUUUUUUGCCCAAUGUAUGCAUUUACACUUUUACAUUUGUUGGACAUGCAUAGAGCCAUGAUGUACAAGCUUGUGGGAUUGCAGUGGCAUCGGUAAUGGGUUUGUAUGUAUGUAUGUAUGUACGUAUGGCCGAUGUUGAUAUAUUUUUGACUCACUUUUAUACAAAGAAAUGUAUUAUUUUUGUACAUUUCGUACUUGUUUUUGUACAAUCUAGGCAAUGUUUAUUACAGAACGAUGAAAGCGUUCAUCACGAAAUUACGACUGUAAGGAUGGGUUGAGUGGGCGAAGCUAUGACCUCCAAAAUAGCUAAGUGAUAUCUCCUGUAAGAUAAGAUUUCAUACUAAAAAUGUUACUGGAAAAAAAAAAAUUAAUUUUUAAAAUAAAAAUUUAAGAUAUCUGUAGGUACUUUUCUAUAAAUCUUGACAUGCUUAUGUUCAUAUAUUUAACAAGAUGUCUCAUCACAAAAAAAAAAAAAUAUUUGGUUAAAAUAAAAUGAAGAUAUAUCCUUAAAUCAUUUGGUUCAUAAUUCAUCUAAAGUAAAACAUAUCUAUCUUUCUGUCGGGAUCACUUCAUUGGAGAGCCAGAAAUGGAUCUGUGACUUAGGCAGAUGUGCUUUGAAUGAAAACAUUUUGCCCCUGCAGGCAAGCUUAAUUAAAUAAAAGUCGAGGCAAAAAGUGACAUGCGUACAUAUAUAAUGUAAUUUUAAAAAAACCAUACUUUAUUUCAAUGAACUGGAGUAGCAGUUCAGUGGGACUAACAAGAAUGGUGGUCCUGAGACAACCAUAAGUUUGAAUUACUGUAAUAUUAUUUUACUUUCAUAUUGUAUAAAAACUGUUCAGUGCUACACCUUGUCCCAGUCGAGAAAUACCGCCAGCUUUUGAGACAUUAAAACUCGGAUCGUUUUUCAGAUAGUAUAAAUAAAAGCUGGAGUUUGAAGCAAUGAUCUUGCUACUUUUUCUCCUCAAUUUACACCUAGGUAAAUCUCUUGAUUAGGAAUGUUUAAAGCAAUUGUCUUUUGUGUUUGUUACUGAACUUGUAAUAUACUAUGCUACGUUGAUAAUAAAUCUAUGAACUAUGUCGUAUUGGGAUAGAGAAUUGAACAGACAUAGAAAAUGAUAAUAGUUGUGGGAUAUGUGACGAUAAAAUUACACAUGAAAUGAAAUGAAGGGGGAGAAAAAAAAGGAGACUGUUACAUUUCCUCCAUAAUAAUUAAGAUGUUGAGAUCGGUUCAUUAAAGCUAUUUUGAACUGAUUUGUGAGUGAUAAAGUAAAUAAAAUGUGGCAAAGGCUUCAGAAUAAAGAACAUUAAUAUUUAAAGUCAACAUUUCUUGGUGUUGAAGAUGAUAAUGCGAGUUAAAAUCUGGAUAUUAUUGAAGCGGAUUUAGGGACAUACGUUUGAGCAUCACACAUAUACAGCCAUGUUGGUCAGGCUUCAAGAAUUAUUUUUCAAAAUAUGUAUGAGAAGGCAUCUACUGCUCGAGAUUUGCUCUGAAUAAUGUUAAGAAUAUGCAGUGAAUAAAAUUUUGCCUUGAUUGGAAAAUUAUUCAGAGAAAUAUUGCAUAGGAAUGCACUUGUGUGAAACAAGUAGAUAAAAAAAAUAAAAUAAUAAGGAUUGUUGUCGAGGCAUUGACAAAAGUUGGACACGUUAGGUGGUUUGGCCCAUUGUUACAAUGAUGGUGAAAUCAAACCCAUUUAUAUAUUUUAACCAACUAUAGAUUCUUUGUAUCAUUGUAAUUCUAUUAUUCAACUUGUUUUUUUGUUUUUUUCUUCACAAUUUUUUUGUGAUGGAAAUAGUCUUGAAUUUUUUCCUAAAUUGAUAGUAUAGUAAACAAGAUAUCACAAACGGUGAAGGUUAAACACUGGGGUAAUAAAUGUUGAAUGAGUUUAAUAACAUCCCUGUUAGAAGAUUUUCGCCCCAUAUCAGUUCACCAUGUUUUAGCUGUAUAAGCUUUUUGUAGAGGCCAGGCUCCAAAUGGGCAGCUAUCUUGUUUCAUCUCGAUCACGUAAAUAACAAAUUGAGUAAGUAAAAAAAAUUUACUAUUGCUUUAAGUACGGUUGGAACAUUAAUAAAAAAACGCCUAUUUCCCCAGUUAGAUAAUGAUGCAUUUCGUAAAGAUUAUAUUGAUAUGAUCAUUUUGAUGGGAAAACAAUUAACACAUUUGUAGAUUUUUGAAAUUAUGAAAAUUGAUUUUGAAAAAUUAAUUGAAUUACUUUGUCCUUGAAAAUUAUUUUAUAGAACAGAUACAAAUAGUGUAAUUUUAUUCAAGCUAAUUUCCUUUCUUUUCCUUUCGUUGUUCAUUUGGAGCCCAUAAUAGUAUUAAAUGUAUCUUUGAGAAUAACUUCUGUAAAAAUCUAGUUAACAAUACUGUACUAGCACAGGAUUUUGUUGUUUGUGUAUUUUUGAAAAGAAGAAAAAAAAGUAAUUUAUGUGGCAUGGAAAUGGGAUGUAUUUUGCACCAGUUAAACUUUUGUAUCGGCUGAAUAAUGUAGCAAAAUGAACAGUUUUGAGAUUAUAAUAAAUGUUUGGUGCAUGAAUUACUGGUCUAUUUGAUUCUACAAAACUAUUAAUCCUAAAUAAAUUCAGAAUCUGCGUUACUACUGUAGCAUUUCAUAAUCUAUUUCUGUGCCACCUUUAUCAUUUAUUGAAUAUAAUUCUCGAUAUUUGUGUGAGUUUUGAUCUUUCAUAUAUCCAUGCUUGCUUUUUUUCUCAUGAAUGUUUUUAAUUAAAAAAUUUGCAGACAAAAAAAACUAUUGCACGUUUUGGAGAGUCCAGUUUAGGUGUAAAUAGAACAUGAAUUAUGUUCUAAGUGCAUGUAUAGCAUUGUUUUUGUAUUCUUGUCUUGAUUUUUUAAAAUCAUAUAUAUAUAGAACCAUACAGUAGUUUGAAUUUGAACAUUGUUCAAUGAAUUAUCUUGUUUUUUGCCUCGAGAAUUUUGUGGAAUUAUGAGAUUUAACAUUUACUUUGAAAACACUUGAUCAGAAUGUUAAAAAAAAAAACGACUUCAUAAACUGGGACCUUGUUUUAUUUUUAUUGUAGCUGCACCAGCACUUAAGUUGCUUAUGGGUAACUUUGAAAAAAGAAAAAAAGUUUUAAAUAAUUAUCCUAUUACUGCAUCUGUUUAUGCUAUUUAUGCAGAUAAAAUAUUUAAACAUUCAAUCUAAUUCUUUAUUUAACCCAAAAAUAUAUAUCUGCAUUUAAUAUUAAUUUUUAUGUGAAAAUUUCAAAGUUUGAAUGUAUUAUUAUUUUUUAUGCAUAUACUUUGGGUUCCCACUUUAACAGAGUACCAUAUGAAUAUUUACUCCUCAACAAAUUUUAAGAGAAAAAAGAUAAUUCUUAAGAGAUAUUUCAACUCUCUUCAUUGCUUAGAAAUGUUUUUUAAUGCUUGAUUUAAAGUAGACCAUGUUGAAAGUUGGGGAGUUUUCUUUAACAUUAUUAAUUGUACACUGGUUACAUAAAGUAACUGGACAUUUAAAAGGAAUUAGUUUUUGAGCAGUAAAUAUGCAUGGCUAAACUUGAGCUUUUUUUUUAGAACUCUAAAAUGAUUGUUAGUUUAGAAAACAAUGUUGUCCGACAAUAAAUUUUGUGUAAGAAAUUGUCACUUUCACCAAACAUUUUGAGGUAUUUUUCACAUUUGUCUUUUAACAUCUCAAUUGUAAGUUAUGGGCAAACUUUUAGCAUUUAAAAAUAUAUACUAAAAUGACGUCAAUUUUGUAUACCCGGUACUGUAGAUUUCGUCUUAUCAGCAUUGCACUGUGAAGACAUAUUUUAGUGUUAUUACAGGCUCUCUCUUGCUUCUAGUAACAAAAUUGUCGUGAGAAGUACAUUUAUUUAUGCUACCAACAAAAUCAUUGCAUAUAGCCAGGGAUGUUUCCUACAAGCAGUUUUUGUCCACGCUUUAAAAAAAAAAAAAAAAUCUUCUCUACGACGGACAUAUUAACAAGUGUGGGGUUUGUCUGAAAAGACUAAAGUGGGAACCCUCAUAAUGGGCAAAACCAAUUCAUUUGUGCAUCCAAAGAACUCGGGAGUGACUUUUUUUGGUUUCUGCAAUACCCCUGGGUACAUAAAUUUAAAUUUAUAAUGGUUUGUAUUCAUGUCGAACAUAAAUGCAAUGUUAUUCAACCUAUUGAAACAAAUUCAAAUAUUUUGUUAGUGGUCUGAGAAUGAAGUUGUUACUAAACUGCUAUAUUAUCUUGGAAGCAGUGAAAUUAUUUCCCCAGGGGUAGCUAUAUAUAUAAAUAUAUAUAUAUAUAUAUAUAUAUAAUAUAUAUAUAUAAAAGCAAGUAGUAGUCACAAUUUGAUUCCAAGGAGUUUAAUGGAAUCUUGGUUUGUCUUCUUGUAACAUUAUUUCACUAUAUUCUAAUGUCUUAUCCAGGUAAUUUUGCAUUAUAUUAUUGAAGUACUUAUAGAUAAUGUACGUAUUAAGGACUAAUUAAUCAUAGUAAGGUAUACAUCUGUGAAUUUACUGAAAUAAUAAAAAUAUAUCUGCAAAAUAUUCAGCUAUAGACUUUAUGGUUUGCAGAUAUAUUUAUUUUGUAAGCAUGUAUCUUUUUUGAAAAGCUUCAUAUAGUUAGAUCUUGAUUAAUAAUAAAGUGUGUGUAAUCAUUAAUAUUGGUAAAUUGUCUGGCCAAGUUGUAAUGAAUAUUCAAGGCAGUAUAUUAUUGGUUAUAAUUAAGAUACUGAAAGUUGUUUACCAUAGCUUAUUAAGAAUAGUAUCGGGUACUGAAAGUUGUCUUCCUUCGCUUGUUAACCAGCCUGUGGGUCUCCAGUGCAUUCAGGUUCAUGUUGAGUACCUAGUUUUUGUUGCAAGUACUUGCUUUCUCCCCCCUCUCUCCCCAUAAGGGAUGAAUAUUAAAUAGGCGACUGAUUGCAGUACAUGUAUAUGAAUGUGAGUGUCUAAAGAAUUAAGUUAUUGAAAGUCUGUUGAAAUUAUUAUAGGCUAUCAAAAUUGAGGCUUGAAUAAAUAUCUAAAGAACGAGUUGAACAGAAAUUGCUGAAGUACCUGAUACACACAAAUUUGGCCGGCAGAUGGGGUGGAAAAGGGUGGGAAUUUAGUAUUCAUUGUUAAAAGAAGAGUGAAUCAUGGGGGCCAGGGAUAAAUUUCAUAGGAAUUGUGUAUACCAGUUUAUGUCAAGUAUACCACACCCACAAACAAUUUCUUGUCUCCAAUCAAAUGAUUGAUUUACCCAUCCCCUGGGUUAGAAUUAAUGAAAAUAGUUCACAAGAUAAUGUGCACUUAUUUUGUUAUUGUUAUUAAGUUUAGAAUAAGACUAGUUUGGUGAAGACUGUUUCAAAUUAUCAAGAGAUAACACAUGUAUUUGUAAAAAUCUAAUCUACUUAGGUUCAUUACAGCUUGGUCAGGCCAUAAUUAUGGGAUAUUUUUAGCUCGUCUUGGUGUUUUUUUUGUCCCUGUAGCAGCCUGAUCUUAUAUUGACAAUGUGAACAAGCUCUUGCAAUAUUUUUGCCCAAGUUUAUUGUAUUGUACUGUGUGAGAGAGUAUUGACAAAGUUUGCAAAUACACCAGGAUCUCCAGUUAAGGUGGAGUUUUAAUAUUAAUAAUCUUCUGGUAAUGUGUAUUUGUCGAUGUUGGUUAUCAUACAUAUUAUAACAAGUUUAUUAACAAGUUCUCACAGGUCAGUGAAGGUUAGCCCAGGGAUGUCGAAAAACAGUGGUACGAUUUCGUCUGUUGUUGAAUAAAUGUUGUUUUGUGGUGA